AAGUGGUUAAUCCGCCACUCUUUGGUUUCUCCGCCUCUUUCACUUGCUCCUCCUAACUCCCAACGGAUUCAUCGAGAGACACCUUUUCUUUCUGUCUUAUAUCUUCUCAGAUCUCCCUUCUCCCUUUUAUUUCCAUUUUCGCCAUUCCCAUUCUCCGUUCUCUCUCUCUCUCUCUCUCUCUCUCCAAAAUGCAGUCGACUCUCUCACUCUCCUUCUCUCCUUCUUCCUCCGCCGCAGCAGUUUCCAGAUCACACACCACCAGAUUCUCACUAAACACUUCCACGCCCCUCAAUCUCCGCUUCUGCGGCCUCAGGCCUCAGGCAUUAGCUUUCAAUGCUUCCGGCAACCAUCGUUCCUCUAAGCUCCCGUCCCGUCCCCGCUCUCAAGCCAUCUCAGCUGCGCUCUCCGCCAAUGGCAGCCCUCCCAAAUCCUUCGACUAUGAUUUGUUGAUUAUUGGCGCUGGCGUCGGCGGCCACGGAGCUGCGCUUCACGCUGUAGAGAAGGGUUUGAAAACGGCAAUUGUGGAGGGAGACGUGGUGGGAGGGACGUGUGUGAACAGAGGCUGUGUUCCUUCAAAGGCUCUUUUGGCUGUGGCUGGUCGUAUGCGAGAACUGCAGAAUGAUCACCAUUUGAAGUCCUUGGGCUUGCAGGUUUCUGCUGCUGGGUAUGACAGACAAGGAGUUGCUGACCAUGCUAUAAAUCUUGCGUCAAAAAUCCGCAAUAACUUAACCAACUCAAUGAAAGCACUUGGAGUAGAUAUACUUACUGGUUUUGGAAAAAUUUUGGGUCCUCAAAAAGUGCAAAUUGGCUCCUCAGACAAAAUAGUAACUGCAAAAGAUAUCAUUAUUGCAACUGGAUCUGUUCCUUUUGUUCCCAAGGGAAUUGAAAUUGAUGGGAAGACUGUGAUUACCAGUGACCAUGCACUCAAACUGGAGUUUGUUCCUGAUUGGAUAGCAAUUGUUGGAAGUGGUUACAUUGGCCUUGAAUUCAGUGAUGUAUAUACUGCACUUGGAAGUGAGGUUACUUUUGUUGAAGCUUUAGAUCAGCUUAUGCCUGGAUUUGAUCCAGAAAUUGGAAAAUUGGCUCAGAGGGUUCUUAUUAACCCCCGGAAUAUUGAUUAUCAUACGGGAGUUUUUGCAAGCAAGAUCACGCCGGCAAGGGAUGGAAAACCUGUCAGGAUUGAACUCAUUGAUGCAAAGACCAAGGAACCAAAGGACACUUUGGAGGUGGAUGCUGCACUAAUAGCAACUGGAAGGGCUCCAUUCACACACGGUCUUGGGUUGGAGAAUAUUGAUGUGGUAACACAGAGAGGUUUCGUUCCUGUGGAUGAGCGCAUGCGAGUAAUUGAUUCAAAUGGAAAGCUGGUACCGCAUUUAUAUUGCAUUGGUGAUGCAAAUGGCAAAAUGAUGCUUGCUCAUGCUGCCAGUGCUCAAGGAAUUUCAGUUGUUGAACAAGUUACUGGAAGAGAUCACGUACUCAAUCAUUUAAGUGUUCCGGCUGCUUGUUUCACUCAUCCUGAAAUCAGCAUGGUUGGACUAACAGAGCCUCAAGCAAGGGAGAAAGGUGAAAAAGAGGGUUUUGAAGUAAGUGUUGCCAAAACAAGUUUUAAAGCUAACACAAAGGCACUAGCAGAAAAUGAAGGAGAGGGACUUGCCAAGUUGAUAUAUAGACCUGACAAUGGAGAGAUACUAGGUGUUCAUAUUUUUGGUCUGCAUGCAGCAGAUCUCAUUCACGAAGCAUCAAAUGCAAUAGCAUUAGGAACACGUAUUCAGGACAUAAAACUUGCAGUUCAUGCUCAUCCAACUUUGUCAGAGGUUCUUGAUGAGCUGUUCAAGUCAGCAAAGGUUAAAGCACAUGCUUCCAUCCCAGUAAGUGAACCAGUUGCAGUGUAAUCUUCCCCAAAAGUAUAAAUUUUGAAGAAAUUUGCUUGUACUAGGAACCUCCGGAAUACUCAUCUUCAAGCGGAAGACUUGGGCACAUUCAGAAGCCUGUAGUAGGGAACCGCUGGAAGGAGACCACGGACAGCCAUGGAAUGAAUAGCCGCGGAGUAUUAGAUGUAGUAUUAUCACUUUUUCUUAGUAUUUUUAGUGCAUUCCAGAGAUGCUUAGCUUCAAUGUUGCAUUUCUCAAACUGAUUUGCUUCUCAUAAUUAUAGUCUUCUUUAGAGUGGUAUACUUUACAAAGCUCUUGGUUUUUGCACCCAAAAAUAAUGUACCCAUUUUUUCCUCAUAA